CGCCGCUGCUCCCGGACCGGGCCGCGCGCGCCGCCUCAGGAACUGUUUCAGUGGCUGGAAACUGAGAGAAAGCCUCAUCAAUUAGCAGAGCAUCUCUUAUCGUGGUCUCAGCUGUCCAGUCCCUACUGCAACUGCAAAGUGCUGCCUCUUCUCAGCUGCAGCCAUGGGGUCUGAGGAUCAUGGGGCCCAGAACCCGAGUUGUAAAAUCAUGACGUUUCGCCCAACCAUGGAAGAAUUUAAGGACUUCAACAAAUAUGUGGCCUAUAUCGAAUCCCAGGGUGCCCACCGGGCAGGCCUGGCCAAGAUCAUCCCCCCAAAGGAGUGGAAGCCACGGCAGACGUAUGAUGACAUCGAUGACGUGGUCAUACCAGCCCCCAUCCAACAGGUGGUGACAGGCCAGUCGGGCCUCUUCACACAGUACAACAUCCAGAAGAAGGCCAUGACUGUUGGGGAGUACCGCCGCCUAGCCAACAGCGAGAAGUACUGCACUCCACGGCACCAGGACUUCGAUGACCUGGAACGCAAGUACUGGAAGAACCUCACCUUCGUCUCCCCUAUCUACGGGGCUGACAUCAGCGGCUCUCUGUACGAUGAUGAUGUGGCCCAGUGGAACAUUGGGAACUUACGGACCAUCCUAGACAUGGUGGAACGAGAGUGUGGCACCAUCAUCGAGGGUGUCAAUACCCCCUACUUGUACUUUGGCAUGUGGAAGACCACCUUUGCCUGGCACACAGAGGACAUGGACCUGUAUAGCAUCAACUACCUGCAUUUUGGGGAGCCCAAGUCUUGGUACGCCAUCCCGCCAGAGCACGGCAAGCGCCUGGAGCGCCUGGCAAUCGGGUUCUUCCCUGGAAGCUCCCAGGGCUGUGAUGCCUUCCUGCGGCACAAGAUGACGCUCAUCUCCCCCAUCAUCCUCAAGAAGUAUGGCAUCCCGUUUAGCCGGAUCACGCAGGAAGCCGGGGAGUUCAUGAUCACAUUUCCCUAUGGCUACCACGCAGGAUUUAAUCACGGAUUCAAUUGUGCCGAGUCUACCAACUUUGCCACCCUGCGGUGGAUUGAUUAUGGCAAGGUGGCGACUCAGUGCACAUGCCGGAAGGACAUGGUCAAGAUCUCCAUGGACGUCUUUGUGCGCAUCUUGCAGCCAGAGCGCUACGAGCAAUGGAAGCAAGGCAAGGACCUCACCGUGCUUGACCACACCCGGCCCACAGCCCUGAGCAGCCCGGAGUUGAGCACUUGGAGCGCCUCCCGGGCCUCCCUCAAGGCCAAACUCCUCCGGAGACAAAUUAGUCUGAAAGAAAACAGACACUGGAAAAAGACUGAGGAGGAGAGAAAACCAAAUCUAGAAAGGAAGAAAGAGCAGACCAAAAAGCCGGGGCUGUCGUCUCAUCGGAAGCGGAGCCAGCCCAAGAAGCCCAAGCCUGAAGACCCCAAGUCCCCAGGGGAGGGGGCGGUGGGGGCAGCCCUCCUGGAGGAGUCUGGGUGCAGUGUGAAGGAGGAAGCUGCGCAGGAGGCUGACCCUGAGGAGGAGGAGGAGGAGGAGCCGCAGCAGCUGUCCCGGGGCCGGGAGGCCGAGGGUACUGAAGAUGAUGGGAGGGGCAAACUUCGGCCAGUGGCCAAGGCCAAGAGUGACCGGAAGAAGAAGAGCUGUAGCCCCCUGCACCCCCACCACCCUCUCCUGCCCCAGCUGCCAUCUCCCCCACCCACCCAGUUCCCUGCUGAAGAGGCACCUCAGCCAACACCCCCACUGGAGCCCUCCGUGCCGACCCCGGGCCCUGUGACCACUGAAGAGAGCCCCCCACCAGCGCCCCUCAACGUCGUGCCCCCUGAGGCUCCUGGGGAAGAGCAGGAGGUGAAACCACGUCCCAUCAUCCCCAUGCUGUACGUGGUGCCGCGGCCCAGCAAGGCUGUGUGUGACAAGGGCCGCGUGUCCUGCCAGCAGGCCUUUGAGCACUUUGUCCAGAAGGGCCCCACGUGGAAGGAGCAGGCGGCCCCCAUGGAGCUGACAGGUCCUGAGGAGGAGAGUGGACCACCUGGCGAGGUGCAGGCAGCAUCAACAUUUUCCAAAUUGAAGAUGGAGAUAAAGAAGAGCCGGCGCCACCCUCUGGGCAAGCCACCCACACGAUCCCCGCUAUCAGUAGUCAAGCAGGAGGCCUCAAGUGAUGAGGAAGCCUUCCCAUUCUCUGGGGAGGAGGACAUGAGUGACCCCGAGGCCUUGAAGUCUCUGCUCUCUCUGCAGUGGAAGAACAAGGCUGCUAGCUUCCAGGCUGAGAGGAAGUUCAACGCAGCAGCCGCCCUGACUGAACCCUACUGUGCCAUCUGCACCCUCUUCUACCCCUACAGCCAGUCCCUACAGACAGAAAAAGAGACUCCUCAGGCCUCUCUUGGGGAGGGCCCGUCAUCUGUGCCACCUUCCAAAAGUGGCCAGAAGACGAGGCCACUGAUCCCCGAGAUGUGCUUCACCUCCAGCGGCGAGAACACUGAACCGCUCCCUGCCAACUCCUCCAUCGGGGAGGAUGGGACCAGCCUGCUGAUCGCCUGUGCCAAGUGCUGUCUGCAGGUCCACGCCAGUUGCUACGGCAUCCGCCCCGAACUGGUCAGUGAGGACUGGACGUGUUCCCGGUGCACAGCCCACGCCUGGACUGCGGAGUGCUGCCUGUGUAACCUCAGGGGAGGAGCCCUACAGAUGACAACGGAUAGGAGGUGGAUCCAUGUGAUCUGCGCUAUCGCUGUCCCAGAAGUGCGAUUCCUGAAUGUGAUGGAGCGCCACCCUGUGGACAUCAGUGCCAUUCCAGAGCAGCGGUGGAAGCUGAAAUGUGUGUAUUGCCGGAAGCGGAUGAAGAAGGUGUCUGGCGCCUGCAUCCAGUGCUCCUGCGAGCACUGCUCCACCUCCUUCCACGUGACCUGUGCCCACGCUGCCGGGGUCCUCAUGGAGCCGGACGAUUGGCCCUACGUCGUCUCCAUCACCUGCUUCAAGCACAAGUCGGGGGGCCACUCCGUCCAGUUCCUUCGGGCCGUGUCCUUAGGCCAGGUGGUCAUCACCAAGAACCGCAACGGGCUCUACUACCGGUGCCGUGUCAUUGGCACCACCACGCAGACCUUCUAUGAAGUGAACUUUGACGAUGGGUCCUACAGCGACAACCUGUACCCAGAGAGCAUCACCAGCAGAGACUGCGCCCGCCUGGGGCCGCCGCCCGAGGGCGAGUUUGUGGAGCUGCGGUGGACCGACGGCAACAUCUACAAGGCCAAGUUCAUCUCCUCCGUGACCAGCCACAUCUACCAGGUGGAGUUUGAAGAUGGGUCCCAGCUGACAGUUAAGCGCAGCGACAUCUUUACCCUGGACGAGGAGCUCCCCAAGCGGGUCCGAUCACGGCUGUCAGUCAGCACGGGCGCCCCGCAAGAGAGCGUCUUCUCGGGAGAGGAAGUGAAGGCCGCCAAGCGCCCGAGGGUGGGCACCCCUCGCGCCGCAGAGGACUCGGGGCAGAACCCGGACUACCUGGCCUUCAUGGAGAGUCUGCUGCAGGCCCAGUGCCGGCCCGGAGCCCCCUUCUAGGACAGCCACCCGUCGGCCACCCUGGGCCCAGCAGGCAGGCGGCGGCCGGCCCUGGCGUUUGCUUGCUGUGAAUUCCGACCUCGCCUCCCGGCCUGGCCCGAGAGGCUACCUCCGCGCCUCAGGCGCCCUCUCUCUGCGACGGAGCAAGCAGGACGGCACGCGGCUCCGGCCCCCAGACUCAGGGAGCGGGGCCACAGGGCUCUGGGGCCUGGCCGGGGCCUGUGCCCCCCACUACUCAGAUUUGUAAACCAUGUAAGCUCUUCUUCUCGAAAAGGUGCUACUGCAUAGCCUGCCUCCCGAGCAGCCUCUGAGAUUGUGACUUCUGUACAUACAUCACCUUUGUGAGGUUCUUUCUAUAAAUACCUAUUGUUUUAAAAAAAAAAAAAGUGAGAAAAAGAAGGAAAGGAAAAAAAUCCCCAAAGUUGUUUUCUAGAUUUGUGGCUUUAAAAACAAAACCGUUCCUUUUCUCCGAAUCCAGGAUACACUGAGGGAGAUACAAGCAUCUCAUUGGGAUUUUUGUUGUGGUUUUAAAAUCUUGUUUGUCUGUGAGCGGGCAGGGGAGUUCGCCGCGGCUGGAGGCGCCGGGAAGCCAGGGCAGGACACCCGGGGUCAGGGACGCCUGCCCCGGACUGGCUGAAGGCCCCGGUAACUGGCACCGCUUCGUGGGCGGCUGCCAGCUCACCCCGGCCCUCUCUGCCCGAGAGGAGGCGGCGGCAGACCCUUUGUUGCCGUCCUGGCCAGGGCGUCCAGGAGCCUCCCUCCUGUCUGCACACAUCUUGACAAAAUAAACACUUUUUCUGGUUUUCUCCAUCUUUGCUUCUUCCCCCACGAGAAUCAUUCCACCCGCGAGGCCUCGGUGCCAGCAGGCUUCCUCCAGCGGGAGACCCUGGCACCGCCCAGGCCUCUCGGGCCCGCUCAGGCCCCAGCCUGGCUUCUCCACUCAGUGUGCGUGACGUCCCGCCCCUGGGACCGGCG